AUGCCGUCCCCAGAGGAGGCAUCCACUUCCAGCUCUCCGGAGCCUCAGGCCAUCGCAGCCGCUCCCCCGACCUUCAAGUCUCUGGGGCUCAUCGACCCGCUGCUCGAAGCCCUCGAGCAGAUGAAGUACAAAGCCCCGACAGACAUCCAAGCUGAGGCCCUUCCACAUGCUCUCCAGGGCCGCGACAUCAUCGGCGUGGCCUCCACCGGAUCCGGCAAGACCGCCGCCUUCGCGCUCCCCAUCCUGCAGAAGCUCUGGGAGGACCCGAAGGGCCUAUUCGCCUGUGUGAUUGCGCCCACACGCGAGCUCGCGUUCCAGAUCACGCAGCAGUUUGAGAGCAUUGGGAGCGCGAUGGGUGUACGUUGCGCGACUAUCAUCGGAGGGGUGGAUAUACAGUCGCAAAAGAUCGCGCUCGCGAAGAAGCCGCAUGUUAUUGUUGCGACCCCCGGACGGCUGUUGGAGCAUCUGGAGGAGACGAAGGGGUUCAGCCUACGGAGUUUGAAGUUCUUGGUGCUAGACGAAGCCGACAGGCUACUAGACAUGGAUUUUGGGCCUAUACUGGACAAAAUCCUCAAGCUCAUCCCCAAGGAGCGGACUACAUACCUCUUCUCUGCGACGAUGACAACAAAAGUUGCUAAGCUCCAACGAGCGAGCUUGUCCAACCCGGUCCGUGUAGAAGUGAACUCGAAGUACUCGACUGUUUCUACACUGCUGCAAUACUACCUCCUCAUGCCGCUACCGCAAAAGGAUGUACAUCUCAUUUACUUGGCCAACACGCUCGCGCAAAACUCCAUGAUCAUCUUCACCCGCACAGUCCACGAUGCGCAGCGGCUAUCUAUCAUGCUGCGUUCACUGGGAUUCCCCGCCAUCCCGCUGCAUGGCCAACUGAGUCAGAGUGCACGAUUGGGCGCACUUGGCAAGUUCAAGGCAGGCGGUCGAUCUAUCCUCGUCGCGACUGACGUCGCGAGCCGAGGUCUCGAUAUACCUUCCGUAGACAUCGUCAUCAAUUACGACAUCCCCACCCAUUCCAAAGACUACAUCCACCGCGUCGGCCGCACAGCGCGUGCAGGCCGAUCCGGCAAGUCCAUCACGCUCGUCACGCAGUAUGAUGUGGAGCUCGUUCUCCGCAUCGAGCAGGUCAUCGAGAAGAAGAUGGAACUCUGGCCAGUCGACAAGGACGAGGUUGCGCUCCUGCGCGAGCGCGUGGACGAGGCAGGGCGGCUCGCUGCAACGGAGCUAAAGGAGCAGGGGAUCAAGGGCGGGCAUGGGAAGAAGCGCAAGCGGGGCAGGGAGGAGGGAGGGGGCAAGGACGAUAUGGAUCGGGACGACGAUGUGGUGGAGGCCGGCAUACCGAAGAUGAACAAGAAGUCGAAGGGGCGGAGGUGA